AGGGCAGCAUGCAGCAAUAAUUUUACGACCGAAUAUUUAUCGAAGCUUCGAAGUCGGAACGGAAGAAAACCACAUGAAUCGCAUCAUUUGGAGAGCAAGAUAUUAACAUUGUUUGUAGAAUAUCACGUUUUAUACAUAAAAAGAAAAUGGGCCUACGAUCCAGGGGAAAAUUUUUACUAUUGAUGACUGUCUUUGGAUCAUUUUCGCUCUUGUUUUUGCAGUCUCGAACCGGUGAUAUGGAUGGUAGUUUGCCGUCCUAUGAGGGUCGCCUUGAAGAACUGCGGAACAGACUUCAGAGUACAGAGAGACAGAACCAAGCGAGGGCCGUUGAAUUACACCAUCUUCAACAACAGUUGAGAAGGUUUGCUGAGGACUCCAAAAAUGGCUCCUCUCAAAAAGAUGAGAGUUUGCACCCUUUGCUGUCUCAGCUCAACGCCGUAAACCUCAAUACUUCUAACUUCCUCCAUCUUCCGUCCGUACUUGAAUACAUGCCGCACCUAAAGAAGAACCCUGUGGGACUCCAGCCUGCCUUCCAGCUUUCCCAGGGCAACACUGGAGUAUCCAUUGUGAUCGGAGUGCCUACAAUCAAGAGAGACGUGCAGAGCUACUUGAUGGAAACUCUUCAUUCUCUCGUCAGCGGGCUGUCACAAGAAGAGAAACUUGAGUGUCUUAUUGUAGUCUUCAUUGCAGAGGCAGACAAAGAUUAUGUCACGAAAGAAGCAGCAUCGAUACAAAAAGAAUUUUCAGCAGAAGUGGACUCUGGAUUGAUAGAGGUGAUAUCUCCCCCUGCCGAAUAUUAUCCUGAUCUCAACAGCAUAAAAGAAACAUUUGGUGACACAGCCGAAAGAGUCAAGUGGAGAACGAAACAAAAUUUGGACUUCUCCUUUUUAAUGAUGUAUGGGAGAAUAAGAGGAAAAUACUACUGUCAGCUUGAGGAUGACAUAGUUGCAGUUCCUGGCUACCUGACAACUAUGAAGAACUUUGCCAUGCAACAGAGCACCAAAGACUGGCUUUUACUGGAGUUCUCUUCGCUAGGAUUCAUUGGUAAACUCUUCAAGUCAAGUGAUCUUAACUUGGUAGCUGAAUUCUUCUUGAUGUUUCACAUGGAUAAGCCCAUAGAUUGGCUCCUUGAUCACAUCCUCUAUGUCAAGGUCUGCAACCCAGAGAAAGAUCCUAAACAUUGUGGAAGACAGAAAGCUGCUUACAGGAUACGCUACAAACCAUCUCUCUUUCAACAUAUAGGACUACAUUCAUCACUCAAAGGAAAGCUACAAAAAUUAAAAGAUAGAGAUUUUAAGAAAGGCAUGAAGUUACCACAGCACACCAACCCUCCAGCUGAGGUGUCGUCGACCAUCAGGCAUUACCUACGCUACACAUUAGACAAGGCCUACGCCGGUCAGGACAUCUUCUGGGGAAAUACACCAGGGGCGGGGGACCAGGUCAAGUUCCAUUUCAAUACCCCUAUUGUUAUAGAACAGUAUCGGUUUAUAAGUAGCAAUACUGAGAACCCGGGUGAUAAAUUUUACAAUACCUCUGUGGAAGUAUUACCAAGCUAUCACCAAGAAAAGAAAGAAGGCAUCUUAGAAGCAGACAAUGGGGCCGAGCUGAAUCUGCCCAGAACAGAAGAUGGCUUCAUUCAAAUUGGUAAAUUUGAAGAUGGCCGUGCUAUAGGAAAUGUAGAUAGCAAGAUAGGAGCAGUGCAAGAGAUAAGAUUACAUGUGUUAUCAGAAGCCAAGAAUUGGGUUAUAUUGUCAGAGAUUUAUAUUGUUGAGAAGAAGAAGAGGUGACGACAGCUUUGAUUCUUGACAGAACUCCCCUCCGGCCAACAGUUAUUUUUAUCUAAGCAAUGCAUACUGUGACAUUAUUUAUAUGUGCUUAGAAGUAGUGUGUAUUGUGUAUCACAUGAAAUGUGAGUGACCCUCACGUCUGUCCAGUGCAACUCAUAGAAAGGACAAUCCAAUAUGAUGUAUUAUACCCUUCAUAGAUUAAAUCAUGUAUAGUGAUUGGUUCAAAUACCAUCAUGUGACCAAAUAUAUUUCAACUAUGAUGUUGCGUGACGUCAGACCUCAAUAUAUUUUUUUGCUAUACCAACGUUCUGACGUCAUUAUAUCAGAAAACUGGAUGUUAACUGAACUCUCAGGCGCACCGGUCAGUUAGAUCUCUGUCCCAGGCAAGUUGGCGCAGGCACAAUUCGCGUUACGCUGAGCGCGAUAGCUUGGAGAAAAUUCGGUCAUUUAAUGCAAUUAACCGGAUUCUUCAAGCUCAACGCAUAGUUUUUGGUUCUAAAUUAUAAAAAGUAGGAUAUAAAACAAAUAUAUCAGGCGUUUCCUUCGAAAGCAUAGUGGGAAUUAUCACUCCUCGGUUUGACUGGCAAAACUUCUAUAUUUCCCUUGAAGCUUCGCCCCUCGGGGAAAAUAGUAAUUGCCAGACCUACCUUGGAUAAAUAUUUCCACUAUACUUUCUCAAAGCCUGAUAUAUUUGUUUACUGUAUGUUGGUCCAGUGGCUAGAGCAUUGGACUCAUAAUCGCAAGGUUGUGAGAUAGAUCCCCACUCUGCCAUUGUCUCCACUUUGACAAAAAGACCAGAGAGUAAUAUCUAUCGUCUAUAACGUCAGCCACUAUGACUGACUAAUCUAAACGUACAAUGUCCUGGGUAAUUGGUUAUAUACCAGCUUGGCGUUUACCAGCGAAAACUGUCCUGUCAAGUUCCUACGGGAGUUACCAUAAACAGAAACGGAAACUUUUAUUAAGUUUGAAUGCCUGUGUAAUACAAGUUUCAGAAAGAACCCUUGAAUACAAUGUUUAUGGUAGGCCUCUUUCGUAACUUAAAAUGAUUAUUUUCAAAAUAUCUGCUAAUGUGAAAACUAUGUAAUUUACCACUUACAGGGGCAUUUUCACACCUUCCCAGUAAAGCAGAGUCAAUGCCAAAUAAAUUGGUCUACAGGAGAUGUAGAACUUGGUCUCCAUUUUAUUAGGAACAAACUCUUAUCAAGAGUUCAUGAAGUUACUGUAUGGAUGAAAACUGAAAUAGUGAACUCAGCUGUUAAGACACUUUUCUUGCAAAUAUGAAAUUAGAUCUCAUGGAGAUUUUUCGACACCUUGACGGUGUGGCAGUGAGUCCAAACUUCGCGGAUGGUCAUUAUCUCAAUAUUUAUUCAAUAUCUUGAAAAUCUUAUAUCAUCAGCAGGAAAAGCGACCUAAAAUUACCCUCUAGCAUAAUAAGUUUUUUAAGGAUGAGUUCAGUAUUCAUGAUAAUAUUGACAAAAGAUCAGCAAAUUUGUCACCGUUAGCUCCCAUUCAGAAAAAAUCUGAAUUUAUCAACAAGCAUCAUGAUAUCAUCAUUUUGUAAGCAGAAUGUGGUGCUGACCGCUUCUACAGCAUUAUGCCAUCCAUCUGAUGUAAAUAUAUCACCUUUUGAGCUUGAGCUUUUGUUUAUUUCUCCACAAAACUUUGGUCUGCGAAAUUAGAUCACACGUUUUCAGAACGGUUUUCCAGCACAGCGCACAUUCAGCAAUCAGAAUAGAAUGUUGAGAUCACGAUACCGGCUAAACCCCUUGACCUACAUCACAUUUUUAUCAUUUUGAUUCAUAGUUUAAAAUCUUGCCGUCAAUUUGGUACCUAUUAUUUUGAUUGAUUUUGUAUAAAAUGUGAAUAUUUUGUUAAUGAAUGUUAGCCUAAUGAGUAUUUUGUAAAUGUCUGCAAAGUUUGGACACCCCUUCAUAAAUUGGAUCACAUUAAAGGACAAGUUUACCCAACGAAAAGUUGAUUUGAAUAAAAAGAGAAAAAUUCCUCAUGCUGUUUUUUUUAAACGCUAUGUUGAGUAUCUCCUCUGGUUUAUAACCUUAAAUCUCCUGAGAAAAAGCACAAAGAAGUCCUAUUGUGACAUGAAAGCAUCUGAAUUGUUUUUUAAAAAACUAUUGCAGUGGUUCUUAAAAAUAUGUGAAUGUGGCAGAGGUGCGGUUCCCAACCCUGACUUAUUUUGCCAUACAGUACAUUCAAGUUCCUCUCAAGUCUUAUGGUUUUUAAGUGUUUUGACAUCCCAUUCGAUGCUUCACAUACAUGUGUGUAAUGGACUUGAAGUUUAUGUACGGCCUAAGUUAUUUUGUAAUUUUUGUUUUUGAAAAGAUCAGGGUAUAUAUUCAUUGCAAAGAUGUCAAUUUUCAGUCGAUUAUCUUGCAUAAUGUUCCAUACGUUACAGAAAAUACUGUUUUCAUGUUGGAUUAAAAUCUUAUUCUGUCUGUUGUCAUUUCCUGUACAAAGCCAAUGGGAAUAUCAGAAUUCAUUAGUCCAUUUUUCUGCAUGUGCAUUUGUUUCCUUUGAAACAACACAUACAUGUACCAUGCACUCAUUUCAAUGUGUCAACUGUAUCGCUUCAUGUACCAUAGAUACAAAUGGAUGCGUACAGAAAAGAAUAAACCUAAAUUGAAUAGUAGUAAAGGGACGAUCACAUGUCACUGGUUUAGAUGAUGGUUCACAGCGGAUGCCCCCAAAGUUGCAUUCAAUCAGAACCUGUUAUGAUAGAGUUUGACUUAUUUGCUUUCAUAAGGUUAGACCAACUCACAAUAUCUUUUGAACUGUGUUUGCCUAACAAAGCAAUACGCAACCAUGUUGUAACCCUUUGGAAACGAAUCGGCCAAACUCUGUCAUAGAGGGCUCCGACUGAACUUAAGGGGUAAACCGCCUUGAACUGCCGUCUGAACUUGCAAUUUGUGUAUGCCCCUCUAUAUGGAUUUACUGAGUGUAUAUAUUUUGUGGUUGUCCCAGAGCUGCCAAGUGUUAGCUUUCCGUAAGGUAGAUGUAUUUGACGAUUAGAUUAAAAUGCCUAUAGGCAAUACAGGUAGUGUUUUUGGUUUCGUCCAUAUCCUUUCUUCCGAUGAGGUGACAUAUUUCUUAUAAGGGUCAAAUUGAAGUGCCUUGUCCGGGUUUUGACUGUAUUGAUCAUUCAUUCAUCUCCGUAUUGAGCAUGUAAUGUUUCUAGACCAAGAUUGAUUUACAUGGAGUAGUUUUGCUAUACUAUACAUAUAUCCAUCCAAGAAAAAAAAAAAGAAAACUUGUUUUAAUAUGUUUUGAUCACAAAUUUGACACUAAUAGUAUUUAGUCAAAUCCCUUCUGCGAUUUGAGAUCUCAUCCAUUCUGAAUCGUUCACACACAGUAUAUUGCAAACAGUAAAAUAUACUUAGGCAUCUUAGUAAUGGUUUGUGCACAAACUCGUGAGUGAACCUGUAUCUAGCCUGCCCUAUUGUAGAGAUUUAGUAAAAGAAAACAUAACAAAGAUCACAAGAAAUUCAAAUAAGCUAUCCCUUCUCAUGCAAGGUCAUCGUGGCCCUGACUUUCAAAGAGUUCAGAUGGAUCUGAUCAACCACAACUAUGGAAAGCCAGCAACAUCAACAUCUAAACUGCAUGUUUGUUUAAAAUAUAUUCUAG